GACCCCAUAAACCGUGGACAGACAAGAGCAUUGGAUGUUGAGUCUGUUUCCAUAGCUCGUCCGUACUUAUACAAAUAUAAUAAUUUAAGACAGGAUCGAUGAUCCAUGAGAAAUACAAAAAGUAACAAUGGUCGAAAUAAAAGACAAUACCGUUCGAGUAGUGUUUAUUUCAUUACUUUUGGAUCUAUUAGCAUUUACCAUGAUAUUACCAUUAUUGCCAGCUUUAUUAGAUUAUUAUAAGAGUAUAGAAAAUGGUCAGGGUUUAUAUUUUAAAAUUUUACACUACAUACAACGAGCAAGCAUAUAUUUUGAUGCUCCUGAUAAAGUCAAUACAGUGCUUUAUGGAGGCUUUCUUGGUUCCAUGUACUCCUUUCUACAAUUUUUGGGUUCACCAAUUGUAGGUGCAUUGUCUGAUAUUUAUGGAAGGAAACCAUUGAUGUUAUUUUGUUUAACUGGGAUUAUGAUGUCUUAUUUAUUAUGGGCACUAUCCUGUAACUUUACUAUAUUUGUAUUAGCAAGAUUCAUUGGAGGUAUUAGCAAGGGAAACAUUAGCUUAUCAAUGGCUAUUAUCACAGAUGUUACAUCAGCAAAAACAAGGGGGAGAGCAAUGGCACUUGUUGGCAUUGCCUUCUCCAUAGGUUUUGUUGUGGGUCCAAUGAUAGGUGCAUUCUUUGCUUGGUCCUCAAUCAAUAACAGGACAGGAACUUGGUACAUAAUACCUGCUGUAUUUGCUCUUUUUUUAGCAGCAAGUGAUUUAUGUUUUGUUAUUUGUAAUUUGAAAGAAUCUCUACCAUUAAAGAGUAGAGCAAAGAAUCUCAAGUGUGGCAUGUUGGGAACUAUUGCUUAUAUCAAUCCUAUUGAUCUAUUUCAGUUCAAUGGAGUGUCUGACUUAAAUUUACAAGAUAAAAAAAAUUUAAGAACACUGGGCUGUGCAUAUUUCAUGUACUUAUUUAUUUAUAGCGGCUUAGAAUUUACUUUAACUUUCCUAACUCACUAUCUAUUUGAAUUUACAAGUAUGCAACAAGGAUGGAUGUUCUUAGGAAUUGGGUUAGUUAUGGCAAUCUUGCAAGGAGGUUGGGUACGAACAAUUCCACCUAAUAAAACAAAGUCUACAGCAGAAUUGGGCUUAUGGUUAAUAAUUCCAGCAUUUGUAUGUAUAGGGAUAGCAGAAGACAUACUAACAUUAUCUAUUGGAAUAUUCCUCUUUGCAAUUUCUACUGCCAUGGUUGUUACUUGUAUGAUGACACUCGUAACACAAAUUGGGCCUGAAAAUCAAAAAGGUGUGAUAACAGGCGUCUUUCGUUCUCUCGGGGCAUUGGCUAGAGCUUGUGGACCUAUCAUAGCUUCCUCUGCUUUUUGGUGCAUUGGCAGUAAGAUAACAUAUCUUAUUGGUGCUGUAUUUCUCAUAUUUCCACCCCUUAUUCUUCAGAGUAUAAAAUUACUUUGAACAAGAG